CACACCAUAACACGUGUCAGUUUGUUCGUCCAUCAACUCCAAUUGAAUACUCAAUUAGUUGGGACUUACUUUUCUUCAACCCUAGCCCUGAAUCAGACUUUGAUGAUUUAAUUGGGUUUCGAUUCGAAUUCAUAACGAAAAGGGAAAGAGUGAUAGAUAUGAAGUUGGAGGAGGCCAUGAGCUUGCUCGGUUUGCCUCCUCAUGCUAUUCCCUCUCCUUCUCAGGUGAAAGCUGCGUACAAAAGGAAGGCUUGGGAAACUCAUCCCGAUCGAUUUCCAGCUCAUGAGAAAGCACAGGCUGAGUGCAGAUUCAAAUUGUGCAGAUCUCAGAAGCCUACACUUCCUUGGGCUCUGGGGGAAGCAGAAGAAGAAGCCCAGGACCUGUUCCAACAGGUGGUUUGGCUUCGGCAUUCUACUUUCUCCAUUCACUUAGUUAGGGGGUUGUGUUUUAUGUAUCGUGCAAUGAUAGUCAAUCUUAUAACAGCAUCAUAUUCGUGGGUCGUGAGAACUAGAGUCAGAAAAGGAGCAGGCGCGGGACAGAGAAAUACGAGAGUUGCUUCACUUCCUUUCUUUCUCAUCAUUUUGGGUGCACUUACACUUGGUGGAUCAACUGCUUUCAGGGCUUACCAAAGACAGAAGGAUGACCAAACUUCUUAUAAUCCUUUUCUCCCUUGAGGCCACCAGACAGUGUUAAAUGAGUUGAAAUGUGAAUUCCAAGUUAGCCUUGGAUUUGAAUUUGUCUAGGCUACCCCAAGUAUUAGUAUAUUGGGUUUCGGUUGUAUCAAGAUCAGGUCGACCUACUCUGAAUUCCCAAUCAAGGUUGCAUUUGGUUUGGAGUAUGUUGAAAAAUGGUUUCUGAUGAUUUGAAAUUCAUUAUAUAAUCACUUAUGUCUAUUGCAAAUGACUUCAACGGAUUUGUCCGAGGAGUUUGAGUUCGAGGUAUCCUGAUUCCUGAGUUUUUGAAUUCAUAAACCCAAAUGAAACCUCUGUGUCUUCAAAUCAUAUAAAU